GGCUAAUCCAUUGGCUCUCACUAAGUUCUCCCGCAUAGUUCGGUUUGGAAAGUGACAGCGGCCUGAAUGAAGACCGAGCUGUGUUCCCAGGCUGUGCCGGGGAAGAGAGACAGCCUGGUGGACGGUGCUCAGGCGGAUGGGGAGCGGGACAGCUCGCUGCCGGAGUUCCCUGAGCAUUUCAUUCCGGACCGGGACGGAGACAGAGACCUGGUGACCGUCACUUUCUCCCUUCGAAACACCAAGAAUUCCGGCCUCUCACGCGCACUCAACAUCUUCGAGGCAUUUGAAGCUCAAAUCCAUCAUGUGGAAAGCCGAAAGGGCAAGGUUGGGAUAGAUGACCUGGAUUUCUUCAUCAGGUGUGAGAUCAACAAUUCCGCUGUGAAUUCUCUGCUAAACUCUUUAAGAAGAGUGGCUGAAGAUAUUUGUGCCAAUAAGGAAGAGAAAGUCCCUUGGUUUCCCAGAAAGAUACAGGACCUUGACAGAUGUCAUCACCUGAUUACCAAAUUUGAACCAGAUCUGGAUCAAGCUCAUCCUGGUUACCGGGAUCUGGAGUACAGGGAACGCAGGUCAAAUGUUGCCAGGCUCGCAUUUCAUUAUAAACAGGGGGAGUCGUUACCGAGGGUGGAUUACACAACCGAAGAGAGAGCCACCUGGAAGGAGGUCUACACAAAGUUGUCCACAUUGUACCCAAGCCAUGCCUGCAAGCAAUUUCUGGAUGCCUUUCAUAUUCUGGAGAAACACUGUGGUUACCAGGCUGACAACAUCCCUCAGCUCCAGGAUGUCUCCAAUUUCUUGAAAGAGAGGACAGGUUUCCGCCUGCACCCAACUGCAGGUCUCCUGUCGCCCAGGGAUUUUUUAGCCAGCUUGGCAUUCCGAGUUUUUCAAUGCACUCAGUAUAUCCGUCACUCCUCAUCACCAAUGCAUUCUCCUGAACCAGAUUGCUGUCAUGAGCUAUUGGGACACAUUCCUAUGUUGGCCGACAAACAGUUUGCACAAUUUUCACAGGAACUUGGCCUUGCUUCAUUAGGAGCUUCAGAUGAGGAUAUUGAAAAACUAUCAACACUUUACUGGUUUACGAUAGAAUUCGGGUUGUGCAAACAGAAUGGAGUUUUGAAAGCUUAUGGAGCUGGUCUACUUUCCUCAUACGGAGAACUUAUGUAUUCCUUAUCGGGAGAACCACAAUACAAAGCUUUCGAUCCUGAGGUCACGGCAAUGCAAACCUAUCAAGACCAGACCUUCCAACCAGUUUACUUUGUGUCUGAGAGUUUUGAAGAUGCGAAAUCCAAACUCUGGAUGUAUGCGUGUAAAAUCAGGAGGCCUUUUUCACUCCGUUAUGACCCACUGACCUGCAGUGUCGAGUUGUUGGACAAACCACACAAGAUCAAGAAAGCUCUUACCCAGAUCGCCGAUGAGCUGAAAAAUCUCUGUUUUGCUCUGGAUAAACUUUCUUAGACAAGGCUUCCCCACGCUAACUUAAAACAGAAGGUUUCCCACAGACCUGUGACCUUGAAGAAAGUUCCACAGAAAACCUGGAGAGUUGGCAGCUGAUCUGGAGAAACCUGGGAAUAACUCAACCCCAAUCAAUCUCAAUAAGAAUCCUGAAACUAGACCCGAAAUAGCUGAGCUACAAUUGUACAACAUGAUUGUUAAAUUGCUGUAUCUGUGCGUGCAUGCUGGUGUUUAUAGGGUGGUGGUUGGCUCGAUUGGCUGGAUGGCUGGUUCACGAUGCAAAGUGAUACUAAACAGCAUUAGUUCAAUAUCUGUACCAACUGAAGUCAACAUGAAGGCCCGGCCUCUCACCUGAGAUGUAGUAACCCUCAAUGAAACUCACCACCCCUCUCUAAUGAGAGAACAGCCUGUCACCCUCUGGAAUUCUAGAGACUUCCAGUAGUUUCUGAGUCUGUGCAGGUGUGUGAUGAUACAUUCUGAAUCAUUAGUUAAGAAUUAGAAUAGAUGAGCAAAUAAUUAGGAGAAAAUGAGAGUAAAAUACUGCGGAUGCUGAAAAUCUAAAAGACAAAUAGCAAAGAUUGGAGAAACUCAUCUGGUCUGGCAGCAUCGACGGUGUAAGCACUGUGUUUUUCAAACCAUACACUAGAAUGAGAAGGAACUGUUUGAAAAUAUCAGUGUUUAAAUAGAUGGUUGCAGGGUUUGAAAACAAAUAACCUGACAGCCUUGGGAAAGCUGUUUGUACAGCCAUUUGAACAAUUAUUGAAGUGGCUGCAGAUGAGUUGGAGCCAAAGAGUUCUGUAUACAGAUAUAGCUCUGGUUGAUUGGUUUAUGGACUAGUGACCAGUUACUGAUGACAAGGGUCUUUUGCUUGCUAGUUUCUGUGUGAUUUGUUGUCCAGUAACUCAACAGCUUGGAACUAGGAAUAAGACAUGGAGAAGUGUUUUGAUCUCCACCAGCUCAGGAGAGACAAUGUGUGAGAGACUGAGAAUGAGAGAGAGAGAGAGUAAGAGUGUGUGUGUGUGUGGGUGAUAGAGAGAGACUGAGAGACUCUCUGUUCUCUGCAGUCAAACCCACUGUAACCUUGAAGAAGACUAGUUCAUUAUUGCUUCAGCAGUUUUUGUGAGCUGUGACAUUUAAAUGAUAAAUCAGAGUGAACUUGCAAGUGAACGAGCCACCCUGUACCUUUUAUAAAUAAGCAGAAGAAUUUGGAAAGGGAAGCCAGGAAGAAACUUUCAGAUCAUCAAGAACCGACUCAACCAUAUUUGUGGACAAGACUACCAAACUCAAAAAGUGUGGU